UUACACUUUUGUGACAUGUGGUUUGGGUAGGCCAAGGUUAUGACAUACUUAGAUGUACACGCUUCUUGACUACCUGCUGCUGCAAUCCAGUUUUUUGUAGUGUGUGACUUAUAAUUUCUCCUUUCUGCCUAUGGCUUUGCAGGUUCCUUGUUCUCGGAAACUCCAGAGCAGUACAGUUCACUAGUGACCGUAGAAAGCGGACGGCAUACCUGUCGGCAGUGCAUCUAUGUGACCAAGGAAAGGACUAAAAUGGAAAGCCACCUUCGCAAACAUGCGGACAAGCUCCUCUACCAGUGCCACUUAUGUCCUGCUGAGUUCACUCAGAGACGCACCUUAAAGUACCACAUACGCACCCACACAGGAGAGCGUCCCUUUUCCUGUGAUCACUGUAGUGCAGCUUUUUUCCGGAAGGCUAACCUCACACAGCACUUGUACACCCACACAGGAGAGCGACCCUUUUCCUGUGAUCACUGCAAUAAAUCCUUUUCACAAAAGGCCACCCUGAAACACCACUUGCGCCUCCACACUGGAGAACGUCCCUUUUCCUGUGACUACUGCAGUGCAACCUUUGUGAAGAAGACCCACCUAACGAACCACUUGCGCACCCACACAGGUGAGCGUCCCUACUCCUGUGACCACUGCGAUGCAUCCUUUUCGCAGAGGACUUCCCUGACAGAGCACUUGCGCAUACACACAGGAGAGCGUCCCUUUUCCUGUGACCACUGCAGUGCAACGUUUAUAAAGAAGAGCAACCUCACGAGCCACUUGCGCACCCACACAGGAGAGCGUCCCUACUCCUGUGACCACUGCGAUGCAUCCUUUUCGCAGAAGACUACCCUGACACAGCACUUGCGCGUACACUCAGGAGAGCAUCCCUUUUCCUGUGACCACUGCAGUGCAACGUUUAUAAAGAAGAGCAACCUCACGAACCACUUGCGCACUCACACAGGAGAGCGUCCCUACUCCUGUGACUACUGCAAUGCAUCCUUUUCACACAAGACCAGCCUCAUGCAGCAUCUUAACACCCACACAGGGGAGCGUCCCUUCUCCUGUUAGCACUGCGAUGCAUCAUUUUCGCACCGAGGCACCCUCGUGAACCACUUGCUGACCCACACAGGAGAACGUCCCUUUUCCUGUGUCCACUGCAAUGCAUGCUUUUCGAAGAAAGCCAACCUCCGCGACCACAUCUCCCGUCUCCAUUUGUAGAAAAAGCCCUAAAGGUGAGCAUAGUAUCCUCCGUGCUGGAUGAGAUGCGAGGAGCCCCAUUCCAUCCCAACCUGGAUGCAGCAUGUAUUGAAGCUGUGAUGCUUACAAAUGGGAAGAUUGCCGUCAUGGAUCAGCUUCG